AAUCCAAAUAAAUAAUUUAAAUUAGUAAGUACUCCAUAAUUGGUGCAAUAGGAAGGAUUAAAUAAAUGGUCCUGACCUAACCGGAUGAGCCCAUCUACCCUGCUCCCAAUUAUCCCCAUUCCCCAUCCUCUGCCGUCUGCACCUCUUCUCAUCUUUUAAGAAUCGGGUGUCUCUUUUCUCCAUAGCGUCGAUCUAAAAGCUCUAUUCUGUGAUAUCGGAUGGGAUGUAGAGAUGGUGGUCGUCUCCGAUGUUCAUGCUGUUUCUCUGAGGUUGGGAUAUGUUGUAGAAGACCUAAACUUUGGUACUCUAUAUAUGGUGAAGAAAUUAGCUUACUUUCUGGUCCUUAAUUAAUGGCAAUUGAUGCACACCCCACUGCAAAAGAAAAAAGGAGAGAUUUUUUAAAUCUUUGUAUUAAAUGUUGAUGUGACAUUGGUUUGGCGUGUGGCUCCAUAAGGGUGUCUUUCGAGACUACUUCACUAAUAGGUCUCAUAAGCCACAUUUUACAUAUAGCCCAUUAGGGCUGCUCAAAAAAGUGAAUUACCAUUUUUAAUUCCAGCUGUUUCACCCGUCACUUCAACUAUGCACAGUUAUUGAUGAGAUUUGACACAAAUGUAAGAGAAGAUUUGCACAAUCUUUCAAUAAAUGUUGUUUUCAAAUAAAUGAGUCUACUUUUGUGAAAAUAUACUCAAUAAAGCAGCAUCACACUUACCCAAAUGUCCGCAGCCCCAUAAACUCUCAGCUGCAUGCCCAAAGAAGAGCAGAAAAGUUGGCCCAUGAACAUCAACCCAGUCCGGCCCAAGUGAUAAAGGAGAAAAUGGCGGGAACACUGUUCAUAAGCUCCUCUUACCAAUGUAUAUAGAAGGAUUAGAAACAUUUUGUUCUAUCAAGAUAUGUACUAACUCCACCAAAGCAUUUCCCUCCAAAACCCAAAUCCAUAAAUACUAAAAAAAGGUUUCCCUUUAUUCGAAAUUGUAGAAAAUAAUAAUGGUUUCCAUUUAUUCAUAAGUGAGAGUUUUAGGUGGACUUGAAGAGUCAGGUAUUUUUAUGACAAAGGGCGGUUGGUCGAUGAAAGGAAUGGGCAGAGCAGGGGGGUCAAGUGAGCGGGAAUAAGGAGUAGGACGUGAAGGUUAUAGGGAAGAGGCAGAAGGUGAACGUGGGGAGCGAUGUCCAGGCAAAUCAUUGUGCAACUUCUACAACUGUUGAACAUCAGGAAAGGACAAAGGAGGAGUGGAGUCAUGCGCAGCAGGGUGAUUGGUGGUGGAGCGAUUAAGUCUGAAGUAAGGUGGAAGCUAAGAAGGUGGCGUAUUUGAGGUACAUGGGCUGCAAUGUAGAGGAGGAAAGUGCGGCAUUACGAGUGGAGUACAAGAAAGCACGCAAAGAAGCUAAGUUAGAGAUAACGAGGGCAAAGAAUGCCGCUUUUGAACACCUCUACAAGGAUAUUGAGGAGAAAGACAGUGUUAAUCCACUGUUCCAGCUUGAUAAGGUGCGUGAGAGGAAGGCCCGAGAUCUGGAUCGCAAGAGAUGCGUGAAGGGCAGCGAUGGUAGAGUGUUAGUUGAGACUGCCAAGGUGGCUAAGCGCUGGGGGGAGUACUUUAGUGAACUCCUAAAUGCAGGAGGAGACCAGACGCUAGUUCUGGAUGAGUUGGGACAGCCCGGGGCGUCUCGUGUGUAUUGCCGGUGCAUUUGCCUAGAAGAGGUGGUUCGGGCUCUGCGCGGGAUGCGUAGUGGGAGAGCUUUGGGACCAGAUGAGAUUUCGGUGGAGUUUUGGAAGCAUGCGGGUCGUGGCAAAGGUGACAUUCAGAGCUGUGAGAAUUACAGAGGCAUCAAACUGCUUAGCCACACCAUGAAGGUUUGGGAGCGAAUCAUUGAUUAUAGGGUGCGGAAAGGGGUUUGCAUCUCUGAGAACCAGUUUGGUUUCAUGCCUGGCAGAUCGACUACAGAGGCCAUUCAUCUCGUGAGGAGGUUAAUGGAAGAGUAUAGGGCUAGGAAGAAGGACCUUUAUAUGGUGUUUAUUGACCUUGAGAAGGCGUAUGAUAGGGUGUCAAGGGAGGUCUUAUGGAGGUGCCUUGAGGCGAGAGAAGUUCCCAUCGUGUACACCCGCGCGAUCAAGGAUAUGUACGAUGGGGCUAUGACCAAGGCUGAUGGGGAGUUAGAUGCGGAUGUUAGACAUCGUGUUGGAGUGGCUUGGGCCAAAUGGCUGUUAGCUUCAGGGGUGUUGUGUGAUCCGAAGAUUUCGCCUAGAAUGAAAGGUAAUUUUUAUCGAUCCGUAGUCAGACCUGCUAUGUUAUAUGGGGCAGAGUGUUGGGCGGUUAAGAAGACUCAUGUGCGUCAUCUGCAUGCGGCGGAGAUGCGGAUGUUACGAUGGAUAUGUGGGAAGACAAGGUUGGAUAGGAUUUCGAACGAAGUUAUCCGACGUCAGGUAGGCAUGGCACCGGUGGAAGAUAAGUUGUGGGAAGCGAGGUUGAGAUGGUUUGGCCAUGUGAGACGGCGGGAUGCUGACGCCCCUGUACGGAGAUGCGAGAGGAUUACGGUGGAGCCGGGGGUCUCUUGGAAACAGCCUCCCUACUUCCGAGUAGGGGCAAGGUCUGCCUACACACACCCUCCCCAGACCCUACUGUUGUGGGAUUCACCUGGGUUGUUGUUGUUGACUAUGUUGAAUUGAUAUUUAUGAUGAAAUAAAGUUUUUAAAUAUUUGAAAUAUUUUAAACUUUUACGUUACCAAGUAAAUACUUUAUUCUAAA